AUGGCAGCGUCAGAUGGCACCGAGUACUUCGAUGUGGAUAUCGAGAGCGGUCAUGAUAUGUUUUCAUGGCGGUCAAAUGCUGAGGAGGCUCAACGAGACGAGACGGAGCUUCUAUGGGCGGCGAUAGAGAGGCUACCAUCAAGAAAGGAGAAGAAAUUCGCGUUACUGAAACGCUCAGUAUCCGGAUCAAAUGGCUCUGAAGAGAGAACGGAAACGAUAGACGUUACGAAACUUGAUCGGCGCAACCGUUCACUUAUCGUUAGGAAAGCUCUCGCUACGUCUGAACAGGAUAAUUAUAAACUCCUUGCGGCCAUCAAAGAACGAUUCGAUCGAGUUGGAUUGGAGGUUCCGAAGGUUGAAGUUAGGUUUGAGAACCUGAACAUCGAGGCAGAUGUAGUGAUUGGCUCUAGAGCUUUACCGACUUUAGUUAAUUAUUCUCGUGACGUGAUUGAGCAUGUCUUAACGAAUUUGAGGAUUUUCCACCCACGGAGACAUCGUCUAUCAAUCUUGAAGGAGAUUAGUGGCUCAAUAAAACCAGGAAGGAUGACAUUGCUUUUGGGCCCACCUGGUUCUGGGAAAUCUACAUUGCUCUUAGCUCUUGCAGGAAAACUUGAUACUAGCUUAAAGAAAAGUGGUAAGAUUACAUAUAAUGGCCAUGAAUUUCAUGAGUUCUGUGUUCAAAGGACUUCAGCUUACAUUAGUCAAACAGAUAACCACAUUGCAGAACUAACAGUACGAGAAACUCUGGAUUUUGGUGCUAGAUGUGAAGGUGAAGGGUUUGCAGGAAACUUGAGAGAACUUACUCGUUUGGAAAAGGAAAAUAAAAUACGCCCCAGCCCUGAAGUUGAUGCAUUUAUGAAGGCGUCCUCUGUUGCUGGGAAAAGACACAGUAUUUCAACAGAUUACAUGUUGAAGGUGCUUGGUCUUGAUGUAUGUUCAGAGACAUUUGUUGGAAAUGAUAUGCUCAGAGGUAUUUCAGGUGGUCAGAGAAAGAGAGUUACUACAGGUGAGAUGGUGGUUGGUCCAAGGAAAACCCUUUUUAUGGAUGAGAUAUCAACUGGACUAGAUAGCUCAACAACGUAUCAAGUUGUGAAAUGCAUAAAGAAUUUUGUUCAUCAAAUGGAAGCCACAGUUCUGAUGGCUCUUCUUCAGCCUGCACCCGAAACGUUUGAUCUCUUUGAUGAUCUGGUGGUAUUAUCAGAAGGCCAUGUGGUAUAUGAAGGUCCUCGAGAACAAGUGCUUGAUUUCUUUGAAUCAUUAGGUUUUCAAAAGCCCCUACGUAAAGGCACUGCAGAUUUUCUUCAAGAGGUCACAUCAAGAAAAGAUCAGGCUCAAUAUUGGGCUGAUUCUUCAAAACCAUAUGAAUACAUUCCAGUUUCAAAGAUUUCUGAGGCUUACAAAAAAUCCAUCUAUGGAAGGUCUCUGGAGUCUUCCCUUUCUGUACCCUCUGAUAAAUCUAAGGGUCAUGUGUCAGCUUUGAGGAAAAAGGAGUAUGGUGUAUCAAAAUGGAGGCUUUUCCAAGCUUGUUUUUCAAGAGAAUUUCUAUUGAUCAAAAGACAUAGUUUUCUUUACAUUUUCAAGACCAUCCAGGUUGCAUUUGUCGGAUUUGUUACAUGCACACUCUUCAUAAGGACAAGAUUACACCCCACAAAUGUAACAGAUGGAAGCCUAUAUGUUGGUUGCUUAUUCUUUGCACUCGUGCACAUGAUGUUCAAUGGAUUUUCCGAACUCCCACUUAUGAUAUUCCGACUACCCGUAUUUUACAAGCAAAGGGAUAAUAAUUUCUAUCCUUCAUGGGCUUGGUCUGUUUCUAGUUGGAUUCUCCGUGUUCCCUACUCUGCUGUUGAAGCUAUUGUAUGGUCUAGUAUAGUGUAUUACAGUGUUGGCUUUUCCCCUAGUGUAGGAAGGUUUUUCCGUUACGUGUUUGUUCUGUUUUCAAUGCACCAGAUGGCUUUAGGUCUCUUUCGUACAUUGGCUGCAGUUGCAAGAAAUGUGAUCAUUGCCAAUACUUUCGGUUCAGCUGCCCUGCUUGUGGUAUUCUUGCUGGGUGGAUUUAUCAUGCCCAAAAAUAUGAUUAAGCCAUGGUGGAUUUGGGGUUUUUGGGCGUCACCUCUCUCAUACGCACAAAGUGCAAUUGCUGUUAACGAAUUUACUUCCACAAGAUGGAUGAAGAACCUCACUGGUACCAAUACUACCCUUGGAUACACUGUUCUUCAGUUCCAUGAUUUGCCUACUGAUGAUAAUUGGUAUUGGCUUGGAGUUGGUGUCUUGUUACUUUAUGCUUUGGCUUUCAAUAUCAUAGUGACUCUCAGUUUGGAUUAUCUUAAUCCUCUAAAAAGUGCACAGAUAGUUCCACCUGAUACCAGAGAAAACAAUUCAACAGAAUCCACAGCUGGCAAUCAGGCACCACCUGCUGACACUAGUUCUAGAAGACAAGGCAUGACUCUCCCAUUCAAACCCUUAUCAAUGACUUUUCAUAAUGUCAAUUACUUUGUUGACAUGCCAAAGGACAUGAAUUUGGAAGGAGUACCAGAAACAGAAAGGAAGCUGCAGCUGUUGUCAGAUGUAAGUGGAGUGUUUUUGCCAGGUGUCCUUACUGCACUAAUGGGAUCAAGUGGAGCAGGUAAGACCACCUUAUUGGAUGUCCUUGCUGGUAGGAAAACCGGUGGAUACAUCGAAGGGGAAAUCAGUAUCUCAGGCUUCCAAAAAGAGCAAUCUACUUUCGCUAGGGUUUCGGGUUAUGUAGAGCAAAACGAUAUACACUCUCCUCAAGUCACAGUCAUCGAAUCCCUCUUGUUCUCUGCUUUUCUCCGCCUUUCUCCAGAUGUCAACGAAAAACAAAGACGAGAAUUUGUUGAAGGGGUGAUGAAAUUAGUUGAGCUUGAUAAUCUAAGAGAUGCUUUAGUAGGCUUGCCUGGGAGUACAGGAUUGUCAACUGAACAAAGAAAACGGUUAACAAUUGCAGUUGAGCUUGUUGCAAACCCUUCAAUCAUAUUCAUGGAUGAACCCACAUCUGGACUUGAUGCAAGAGCUGCUGCCAUUGUCAUGCGGACUGUACGUAACACAGUUGAUACCGGAAGGACAGUGGUUUGCACAAUUCAUCAACCCAGUAUUGAGAUAUUUGAAGCAUUUGAUGAGCUACUUCUUAUGAAAAGAGGAGGACGUGUGAUUUAUGGUGGAAAAGUAGGUGAGAGGUCAAACAUUUUGAUCAAGUACUUUGAGAGUAUAAAUGGAAUUACACCGAUGCCAAGUGAAUACAAUCCUGCUAAUUGGAUGCUUGAAAUGACUACACCUGCUGCUGAAGAAAGACUCGGGCAAGACUUUUCCGUGAUUUAUAAAAACUCUAAGCAAUAUAGAGAUAUUGAAGCUUUGAUUCAACAAACGAGUACUCCACAACCUGACUCUGAACCUUUACACUUCUCUUCCACAUACUCCCAAACUGGUUUCUCUCAAUUCAGAACUUGCUUAUGGAAGCAGAAUCUUGUGUAUUGGAGAAGCCCAGAAUACAAUGCUGUGAGAUUGUUCUUCACAACUAUGUGUGCCUUGAUUGUUGGUUCUGUAUUUUGGGAUGUUGGGUCAAAAAGAAACAGCAGCCAAAACUUAAUGGUGGUAAUGGGUGCUCUUUAUACUGCUGUCAUGUUUCUUGGUGUAAAUAACUCUUCAUCUGUACAACCAGUGAUCGCAAUUGAAAGAACAGUUUUUUAUCGUGAGAGAGCAGCUGGAAUGUAUUCUGCAAUCCCUUAUGCUAUAGCACAGGGUCUUGUGGAGAUCCCCUACAUUGCGGCCCAGACAAUAUUAUAUGGCAUCACUACAUACUUCAUGAUCAACUUUCAGAGGACAAUUGGGAAGUUUUUACUCUACCUUGCGUUCAUGUUUUUAACUUUCACUUACUUUACCUUCUAUGGAAUGUUGGCUAUUGGUCUUGCACCAUCUCAACAAAUGGCUGCUGUUGUUUCUGCUGCUUUUUACUCAUUAUGGAACCUCCUUGCUGGUUUUCUCGUCCCAAAACCGUUAAUACCCGGAUGGUGGAUCUGGUUCUACUACCUAUGUCCAAUUGCAUGGACUUUGCAAGGUCUCAUCGGGUCUCAACUUGCUGACGUGGAAGAACCCAUCACAGGACCUGGAGGUUUCCAGGGUACAGUGAAAGGCUAUUUGAAAGAAGCACUUGGCAUAGAAUCCAACAUGAUUGCUCUUUCAGCCUUCAUGCUUUUUGCCUUCAGCCUCCUCUUCUUUCUUAUCUUUGCACUCUCCCUUAAAUUUCUUAAUUUCCAAAAAAGAUGA